AUGACCAGGGCGCGAGGGGCCUUGACAGCUGCCCGCCAGUUGCCCACCAGCCCGCCCACCAGCUUCACCAUCGCCCUCUCGCCCUCGUCUCUCCUAGCUGCCCCACCUCCGUGUGCCACGGCUGGAUGUGACGCUCCUCGAGGCCACCGCAUCCCCGACCUCCGUCUCCGCCGCCGCCGCCGCCGCCUCCGCAUCCACCACGGCCACCUUGAAUAG